CUUUUCAUUUUAGUUCUGAAAACUCAGGAUUGUUUGUUCACAUAAUACGGGUGUUGAACUGUCGUUUGGUUCAUACGAACUGUAAAACUUUUGUAUUAAGGAAACAUUUAUGUCAGGUGACAGCUCUACGGUUAAAAAAAACGAGGCCUGUCACUGGAGUUACCCAGGUUUCGUCAAAAUCACCUCGAAUCGUACUUUUUGCGCCGGUACACAAGAUGGGAGCGGUCCUUGCAACGGUGACAGUGGGAGUGCGCUAGUACUUUUCGAUAAUACUACAGACCGUUAUCAGUUGCGUGGUGUUGUUUCACGGUCAGUGUUUACUCAUGAACCAGUAUGUGAUCUUACGAAAUAUACCGUCUUUGUCGACGUGGCUAAAUACCUAUCUUGGAUUCAACAACAAAUAUCCAUCACGUAA